AUGGAAGCCCCGACCAGCACCACUACCGCUCUUGCCGACAGCGACCUGAAAGGAACCACCGCCGACCAAAAAAGAACCACAGCCGUCAAAAACGGGACCACCACGGCCGACCAGACUGGGACGGCAGCAGAUUCCAGACAAGACCUUCAGCAGCAAUACCUGAGGUCCCUUCACGAGAGAGGAGGUUUCGUCCUUUCAUGCAAGACCGUCGUUACCCUCCACCGCGCCCAGGUAGGGACGGGGAAGAAAGAGGAGAAGAAAGAGGACGGGGAGGGGGAGGAAGGAAAGGGGUGGGAGAUGAUGGGUGGAGGAAUAUUGUCCAUCGUGUCCAAACAGGACAAUCUGACUCUUGUUUUCAGCCAUCCAGAGUCAGGGGAAGUGACGACGGAAUUCAAACUCGGAGUCUCCACGUGCUCAUACGCCAGUCUGACCAAUCACUUUCACUCCUUUGUCGCCGCCGCCAACGGAGACGACGAAGAGAAAAAGACUGUUCACGGAAUGAGUUUUGCUGAUGUCGACGUUGCUACGAAGGUCUUCAGAAUCAUACGUCGACUCUCGACUCGUGACAGAGUGGGUGGAGCCACUGCUGUUGCUGGGGGCAACGACAAUGCAGCACCAUCGGCAACAAAACGGGUUAAACUGGACGAGCAAGACAAGUACUCUGAAUGGGUUGUCAUUAAUUGCGAGGAUGUCCCUGAGCCUAGCGAUGCUAACGAGGCCGCGGAAGAAGGAAGCGUGGAAACGGACGGAACUGAAGAAACAGAUUUCUCCAUCUUUUCCAAGAAGAAAGACCACAAAAACGAUUUCAAAAUCGACGAAAUUUCCGGACCUAGCUACUUCCGCCAUAUAACUAAGACUUCCGAUGAGCCUGGCUCCGCCCAAAACCCCGCCCCCUCGUCAACGGGGGAAGUAGCGUCCGGUAGUGAAGAGGUCCAAAAACGAACGGGAACUUUCGAGAGGGGAACAAAACGAAGCUCGUCGUUCAUGGAGUUUGCCACGCUUGAAGAACAACCUCUAGUCCCGAUACCAGUCUCCCCACCCAUUGCUCCAUCUCACUCCUUCGUUUCCUCGUCCUCUGGUGACCUCACAACCAGUUCUAGUUUCGCGUCCAGUUUCUCCGGCAGUAGCCUCGAGCUCUUACCGCCCCCUCCUCCGCACGAUUCCAGCCACGAGUCGCUGGUCUACCAGAUCACCACCUUCAACCGGAGGAAUCUGCACCACGUGACAGCGGAAGAGAUGGCCCCGGGUGGUAUGGGGGAGAGGGAGAGUGGGUUGGGGUCCAUUCUCAGAGGUGGCUUCGACAGAAUGAUCCUCAAACUGAGGGACAAGUUUGGAGACGUGGCGUUCGCCUCGCUCACCUCCGAGGGAGAAGAAGUAGGCUUUGACGAUUUUGAUGGAACACUCUUUGAAUGA